UCCUCAAAUUAGGGUUUUUCAGUGUAACUUCUCUUCAAAUCCAAUCAAACUCAUGGCUCUAAUUGAACCCCAAAACCCUAACAAUCCUCACAAACUAAACUAUUUCACAACCAAUGAAUACAAAUCAGCAAUCAAGCAAUCAAUUCAGUCCCUUUUAGACUCACUCCAGAAACCUAAUCCUAAUUUAUCCCUUUUCACAUCUAAAUUUCUUGAAUUUAUCCAAUCUAAACCCGACCCACUUCUUGAAACGAUCUGGGUAUACUCGGGUUUAUCUUUCCGACCCGAAAUAUCCCAAAAAGAUGAAAACUUGGAUCAGUUAUCAGCACUGAAAGAUCUUUUUCAGUCAAUAUCAGCUUAUUCAGCUUCCUGUAGUUGUAUUGCGUUAACUGCACCUGUUAUAUUUAAGUUGUGUAAUGUAGUUAUUGGUUUAAAGGAUAAAGAUUUUGAUUCAAAGAAGGACAAGAAAGUUAGGAGAGAUAUUAAGUCAUUUGUUGAUGUGAUUUUGGGGUAUUUUGCUGUGUGUUGUGAGGGAGCAAAAAAGGACGAUGAGGAUUCCGGGUUGAUUACGUCGUUAAACGAUUUGGUAUUGGUUUGGGUUCGUGGCGAAGAGACGGAAAACGGGCUGAAACAGUUUUUUCCAUUAUUGAGUGAUGAGAUUGUAAAUUGGGUUAGUGCGGAAAGUGGCGGAGGUGGUGGUGUUGGGUUGCUGGCUGGUGCUGUCAUUGUGGAAACAUGUUUGUUGAAGUUGUGUUUGAAGUUUAAUGAAGGUAUUUCGAAACAUGAGCUGCAGAAUGAGUUGAGGACUUGGGCUGUUUGUUCCCUAACCGGGUUUCGUAAUUUUUACUUAUUCGAUAUACUUGUAAAGAUGCUGUUGGAACCGACUUUGCCAGUGAUAUUCCUGUUGAAUCCCGAUGACGAGUCAUUUUUGAGAAAAAUAUUAUACGAUGUCGUAAUAUUACCUGAUUAUUCAUUCCUCCACCUGGAAAAAAUGGGUCAUCUCUCAGUUAACCACAUAAAAAAUAACGUUCUGGCAAGACUUCUGGUGACUCAUGAAGCUGUUGAGUUAUUUAGGAAAAACAAAGAUUAUACAAAGGCCAUUUCAUACUCAAAUGCAUUCUCAGGUUCUCAUUUACCUACACUUAUCACUAAAUUGGUUACAAGUGAGCUUGGGACCCAAGGAAGUGCUAGACAACUUCAAGGAUCAUCACCUGUGGCAUUCCUAAAGUGGAUGCUUGAACUCGAGAAUCAAGGUUUAACAUUCUCUGAUGGUUUCAUGUCAAAACACCGUGACAGAUUAGUCAAUUACAGUUCAAGGAUGGACCUUGACCAACCUUCAUCCAAGGUAGAUGGAGGUAACACGGCCAAUGACCUGCUAUUUUUCAUUGAUAAUAAAGGUGAUGAUGAUGAUGAAGAUGACAAAAUUGAUGAUUCCAUGAACGACGCUUUUGUAACUGCUGCUCGCGCUAUGCAAUCUGAUGAAGGUGGGAAAAAGAGAAAAGAAACACGUGUUGACAAAAAGAAAGAUCGAGUCAAGUUUCAAAGGUACAAUCUUGUGGAUCAUUCAAGCUCAAAAUCUGGCAAAAAGACACGCUUGAUCAAUGAAGAUGAUUUAGGCGGUGCCAGCGAAGUGGAAGAUCCGGACUCUGAUGAAGAUGUAGCGUGAAAGAAAAUGACCAAGCUCAGUGGAAUCUUCAGAAUUCCAUUUUCUUGUCUCAUUCUGAUCAAAUGUAUUACAAAGCAUAGAUAGAAUAUUUGAGCUACAAGCAUUUCAUUAUGUACAAUUCUUUGUUUUCCAGCUGAUGGGGGAGAGGGGAGUUGUAGGGGAGUAUAAUUGUAAUUUACUGGCCUAGCUAAACUGGGUAUGUUUUGGGAUAAAGGUUUGUUUAGGGAUCGAUUAUUCCAAUCAGAUUUUGAAGUUUGGGUUAAUUUGAUUUUGGUAUUGUUAAGAAA